CUCCACCACAUCAGUUCCGGAAGAACAGGACCGAGUCGAGUGUGUGGAUUAUAGUUCAAGAUUGGCUAAAUAUAAUUACUAGCUUGCCUUCAUCUGUAGGCUUAAAUUUCUUCCUGUUGUGAAUCGAUUGAGAUUAAAUUAAAUUUAAACCCGAAGUAUGUCUGCGGAACCGACAAGCACACAACUGGUAAACUGUCUAAUUUCUCAAAAUGGAGUCGGGGACGGACAACCGCACUACAGGCCGGGGCUUCAACUGCCCGAGGUCGACAUGAGCUCCUCAUCGGAAGCUCUCCGCUUGAACUGUACGAAACGGCCGAAGAACCUGCUAAUGAUGGCGAGGAACGGCUACGCGGUGAAAAGCCACCAGGAGAACCGCGACGACGGCUCCCUGCCCAGCACCCCGGAGCUGCAGGCGGACAGCGAGGCCGCCGGCUGCGGGAGCCACGCCGGCCAGGAGGCGCUGGACAGCGACACCACGGAGCUUAUUAGCGGUUUCCUCAGAGACUUUACUGGACUGUCGGGCCAUCGGUGGUACACGAAAAAAUCUCUGUCCACCAUGAAGAGGGUGGUGGAGGAUCUGUUGUCGAAGCACAGAUACGCUUACAACGGUAUGAUCAGGAAGCUCAACCUGAACCAGAAGUCAGACGACAUGGGGUUCGUGACGUCGGUUGCGGUCAGCCUCUUCUCGGACGGAACCACCAACUGGGGUCGUAUCGCCAGCCUGGUGGCCUUCGGGGCGGUGCUGUGCCAGCACCUGAAGGAGAGCGGCCGGUCUCACUGCGUGGACCUGGUGAGCCGGGAGAUCUCCACAUACCUGCUGACCAACCAGCGGGACUGGCUAGCCAAGAACAAUUCAUGGGACGGCUUUGUGGAGUUCUUUAAAGUAGAGGACACAGAGUCGACGGUGAGGAACACGCUCAUGGCGUUUGUUGGGGUCGCUGGGAUUGGGGCAGGAUUGGCCUUUCUUAUCAGGUGAAUGUGUUGGACUCUGUGAGACCUUCCCUGCGUUCCUCACCCACGUUUGGACUUUGACGCGCAAACGGAGGCCGAAGCCCUCAUCGGUGGUGGCCGGUAGUCACCUACCAGACUUGUGUAUAUUGUGUAUAUAAUGUUAUUUAAUAUAAAUAAAUUUAUUUUUAUAAUACAAAGUA